UCGAAUAGCUCCAUUCCGCUGGUAUUCUGUUUCUGUCCCAAAUCUCGGCCUUCUGGGCUUUUGAAAUCCACCAGCAAAAUGGCUCAGUGGUUGGAGCGCGAAUUUACUGACCGGAAGGUCCGUGGUUCGAAUCCGACCUCCGCCACUCGACUUCCCCUGUCUAGGCUUGGGCGACCUGGCAGUAUCCCAGCCCUCGUGCUUCCUUCGGGUGGCAUGGCAGCUAGGCACCGGAAGGAAUCAAAUGUGCAAUUGAACGGAGCUCAAGAAGACUGGAAAGCAUUCAAAUUGCAUUGCAUGGGUCUUCGUGAAUCGGUAUGGACUGCGUGGGAGUGUAAAAAGAAUAGCGAGACGAUAAAUUCCUCUACAUUUGCAUCACUGCUAAUUGCUGUCAAAGAACUCAACCGCCGGACUCAGUUCCGUAUACGUAAAGCACGAGACCGCACAGCCGAGCAAAAGUUGGGAGUUGACAAAUUGCACCUGAACUUACAGAAUUUUUUGUACGAAGUCGCUCAUUUGGAGGAUGAAAUCAAAACCUGUUUGGAAUUCAGAUCGCAACACGAAAGGUUAAACCUCAUUCCUGUAGAGGAAUUCUGCCAAGCGACUGGUCGUAGCGUAGCUACUGCAUCAACUCACGAGGGGACUCUGGAGCGAUUAUACUGGGAAAAUGACCAACGUAAAAAAUUGGCAGCUGACUGCAACAGUCUUCAAGAAAAAGUGCAAGCUACGGAGCGAGAGAUACAACGGAAACGAGAUUAUCUUGCAAGCUUCGGACCGAAAUUGAAAGAACUGUCGGAAAGUACGAUCUCCACUCAAGAAGCGAUGAAUUUGCCUUUUACGAAAGAGGAGCGUCAGUAUAAGCUUGCACAUCUUCUUCCUUCUGCGUUGUACAUUCUGUACGCACACCUGAAGUCCUAUGUAUCGAUCACUGACCAUGUAACCCAGAUAGCCGUAGAAAUUGAGGGAGACGCCCAACUAGCCAAGGCCAUUAAUCAAACUGCUGGAAGUCAGUCAACUCUGAGUGGUCUUGGCACAGCGGCACCGGAUGCGGAGGACUCUGAUGCGGACCUCGAUGCUCCUUCCGAGAAGAAACGUAAAACCGGACGCCACAAAGGGAAAUUGGAAGAUACAUCCGACCGACCCGCCACAUCAAACAAGAUGGCAACCCAUCCGCUGUCCGUCGUGGUUAGGCUUGUCCAUGAGUGUGGCGCUGCAGCUUCAAAGCCGCGUUUUGAAAUUCAGCUGACGUUCUUUUGGGUUCUCUCGGUGAAACUGGUAGCCGUUCGUCUGCAUCUGACUGCACUCAGCGAUCAGUCUCCGUCUAGCACCUCAGGCAGAGACCUUUUAUGUUCCGAAAAGUUGUUGUGCAAUCUCGAUUGGACGGCAAACUCAACGACGAAAGGGGCGCGACGAGGUUCCGACUGGCCCCUUUUGCCCGCCGACCAUCAGUGGGAUGCGUGUCAAUCAAUUGGUCGUCCUUUUUUGUGGGCACAAGAGCUUUGUGGAUCUCACUGCCUAUUAGAGUCGAAUCCUACAGUGCCACCACAAGACACAACGAGCUCCACAGUAUCUCUCAUUGGCAACGAAGUCACCGAGUCACAGUGUCCAACUGAGCCUCUUCCUCGUUAUGGCCGAGUCGAUACCUGGCUUAACGCUUUAAAACGGCGUCUGGAUGAUCGAAUCCUCUUGAUGCAGGAGCUGGCGCAUAUUGAAUCCGAACGCCCUCUGCUGUCCGCUGCACAGCAAGCCUUGCUUCCUCCCCCGGCCGCAGCUCGAGGUAGUACAACUAGGCUGACUAACUGGCGACGCGCGACAUUUACAGAUCUCCAGACCGUUCCUCGAGCUCAAGUGCCCAUCUCACUUAAUCUGAUCCAGCCAACAGAUGCGAUCUUUCAGUGUGAUUUCCGGCAAGGAGAUUCACAAUGUGCAUCAGUGUGGGUCGCUUUACCCCCUGAAUAUCCUCAAACACCACCGUUACUAGUUGUCGAGCAUAUCAAUAUGGGUUCGAAAUCUACCGGAAAAUCAGCUGGUGCUGCACUGUCGGACUUGGUUUAUAUGGACCUGGAGUCAGAACUAAACUGCUAUUGGCAUGAGUUUUUCGUAAGCAGGGGCUCGGCAGCAACGGAAGUCAAUCCACAGGAACCGCCGGGAUCCAACAUCCUCUCUUGUCAGUUGGCUCGAUGUGCCUCUUGCCUGGAGGCCUUAUGGAAAGGUUCUCCUGUCACAAGUCGACCAGGUGACCAUGCGUUGAUGGUAGCGGGCCACUAUGUGAAGUACCCAACUCGUGGACCACCCCUCCAGUAUCUUCCCUCGCUGGGUGUCCAUAUUCAUCGCUAAAUCCAGUUGACCUGAAAACAUAUCAUUUGUUUCACAUGGUCUCGUGUAUAAAAAUACCGCUUUUUCCGAC